AUGGUUAAGGACAUAAGGAGCAGAAUGAGCUUGUUUAUUGCUGGUUUGGGUCGUCUAUCAAGCAAAGAGGGCAGGGCAACGAUGCUGAUAGGUGACACGGACAUAUCAAGGUUGAUGGUUUAUGUGCAACAGCAGAAGCAAAAGGGGCCUGCUCCAUCAUCUGCUAGUGCACCUACACCUCGAAACAAAUGUGAAUAUUAUGGUCAGAAUUCGCAGUACUUCAGAUCUAAACCAGCACAGUCCCAAGGUAGUGUGGCUCAAGGAGGUAGUUGGGCUCCUGCAUGUGCUAAGUGUGGGAGAACCCACCCAGGUAAUAGAACCCAGUCUUCAUCAGUAUCUCCACCAGAUAGGGCUGCACCUAGAGGAGCCACUUCUGGUACUGGCGGAGGAGUAAACCGCAUCUAUCCAAUCACCAGUCGCCAAGAGCAAGAGAACUCUCCAGAUGCUGUCACUGGAGCAAUUCCUAUAGUAAAAGAGUUUCCAGAAGUUUUUUCUGAUGAUAUACCCGGAGUACCUCAUGAGAGAGAAAUAGACUUCAGCAUAAACAUCAUUCCAGACACUCGUCCUAUCUUUAUUCCGCCAUACAGAAUGGCACCAGCAGAGUUAAAAGAGUUGAAAGAGCAGUUAAAAGAUCUAUUAGAUACGGGUUUCAUUAGACCAAGUGUCUCAACUUGGGGCUUUCCGGUCUUUGAAAGUAGAGCACCAAAGACCCGGCGGUUUGGCUCAGAACAUAAAACUUCCGGAAUGAAAGUGGGAGAUGAUCAAUAUGGGUUUCAUCACAGUCUUGCCAAGGUCUCGCAGACAGCAUGA